AGUCGGGGGCGUUGUGGCGGCCGUCGGGUCUGCUGGGAACGCGCCCGCGGGACGGGGACGGCGCCAUGGGGAUGGCCAAGCUGCGACUGCUGUGCGCCGCCGUGGCACUGCUGUGUGCCGCAGCGCCGGGGCAGCCCGGAGCCGUGCUGCCCGCGGGCGAGGGGGACGGGUACGGGGUGAAGCUGUGCGGCCGCGAGUUCAUCCGCGCCGUCAUCUUCACCUGCGGCGGGUCCCGCUGGAAGCGGCUCUCCCUGCUGGCGGUGGAGCCAGCGCCCGCGGCCGAUUCUGCACAAACAGCAAGUAACAAACUCCUGGGAAGCUUCAACCUGCAAUCAGUUUUGGAUCCUGAAGUGGAGCAGCUGCAGAGAAGCAGCCCAUUUCUUGGAUGGGAGACGUUUAAGGACUUGUAUAGUUUAAAUUACUAUAAUGAAUAUGCACCUGUGGCAGGUGACUUAAAAAAACUUGUUCGUCAGGUAGAGGAAGCUGUUCAAAAUGACAGGGGAGGAACAGGAAAUGCAAAUCCCAUGGAAUCAAGCAGCUACCUUUGGGCCAGGUAUCCCAGAAGAAAAAGGGAGUCUCUGGGUUUGGCAGGAAUGUGUUGUAAAUGGGGCUGUACAAAAGCUGAAAUUAGUACCAUAUGCAGAGUUUAAAAUCCUCUCUACACUUAUGCAUGAAAUCAGUGUUUGUUGCAGUACUACUUGAUUGAAUACUUAAUGGAGGAAAAAACUCUUGCUGUAUUUUAUCUUGUCUAUAUGUGCCAGUCAGUAUAGCUGGUUUUCUUUAAAAAAAAACCCAAAAACAACAAAACAAACAAAACAUAAGUGUAAUUGCAAUGAGUUUGUUAUGCUGUAGUAACUUCUAAUCUAUAUUUUUUACUAAGUCUUUUCAUUUUAAUGGUGAGCCUUUACACUUAUAUUACGAAUGUAUUAUAUCUUUGUAACACUUUAA